AAGGAGGGACUUCAAGCCAUAGCCAAUCGACGCUGAAGGCUGAAUCGCUCUGGCAGUCCAACGCGUGCGGGGGAGGAGGCAUCUUCCGGCCGGCUGCGGGGUAGCUGCGUACGUUGAAGGACACAACCCGCGGAAUUGGUGUCUUCUGCAAGAUUGAAAUCAUGGCAGGUCCAGAAGCUGAUGCCCAAUUCCAUUUCACUGGUAUCAAAAAAUAUUUCAACUCUUAUACUCUCACAGGUAGAAUGAAUUGUGUACUGGCCACAUAUGGAGGGAUUGCUUUGAUGAUCUUAUACUUCAAGUUAAGGUCUAAAAAAACACCAGCUGUGAAAGCAACAUAAACAGAUUUUAACUUGUACCUCAUCUGUUAAGUUCCCAUGCCUGGAGAAGCUUUUGUUAGCUCAUCAUGUGAUAUUCAAUUUGUACAAUAAAUUAUGAACCUGGAAAA